AUGGCGGAUAAGAAAACAAAAGGACGGCAAAAAAUUCCACUAGAGAAAAUAAAAAAAGAAGCUGAUCUGAAAGUCGCAUUUUCCAAACGUUGUUCGACGUUAUAUACAAAGGCAAGUAAGAUCGUAAGAGAUUGUAACGUCGAUAUUGGAAUAGUUGUAUCUUCUCCAAGUGGUAAGAACCAAUAUUCGUUUGUUCACCCAACUACUGAUGUAGUCAUUGAUCGAUUUGUGAACCCCACAAUGGAAUUAGAUCUGGGUACGAGACUCGUUGCUGAAAAUGCAAGGAACAUUGCAAUUCAGAACAACAUCAGGCUGAAUGAACUAGAUGCAAGAGAAGCAGCUGCAAAGGAAAAAAUGCGUUUUUUAGAACAAAUGGACAAGACUAGAGAUAAAUGUUGGUGGGAGUCUGUUGACCAAAUCAAUGCAGAGAAUAUAACCACAUUUGAAACUACAUUAAAUUCGACCGAGGGUAUCUUAAACGAUCAAUUGAAGAAGCUAGAAAUUGAAACAUCGUCCUCCCCACUAGAAAAUGCAGAUAACUAA